AUGCUGAAAACUGAUGCAGACAUGGUCCGUUUCGAACCCACCCACUCCCGCAAGAAGCGCUUCGUCUAUCAGGAGAAUACGGACCGAAUGAGCUUCGAUUCGACUGAUCCAUUCGCCGGUUACACUUGCUUUAAUGACGAUGCCGUCUGGAGCUACCUCAACCGCGACGACGUCCAAAAAGCGAUCCACGCGAAAAUCUACUACAAGGGUGCCGACUGGGAGGAGUGCAGCGAUCGUCACACCUCCAAGUAUUUCCAUUACUACCUUCUGAAGGAGUACUACGACAUGUCGAACACCUUCAACGCGAUUUUGGACUCGAAAUGGUACACUUCCAAUCAGAUGAGCCUCCUCAUCUACAACGGUGACGUCGACACGAUUUGCCAAUUCUUGGGAGACGAGUGGUUUAUGGAAGCCCUGGUUCUGGCCAGGAAUAUGACUGUCAUCCAGCAAAGGUCACAUUGGUAUUACCAGGAGGGUAGCAAGUAUGAAAACAGCGUCGCCGGAUUUGCCAAGAGGUGGUCAAAUAAUGUGGCGCAGAUGACGAUUAAGGGAUCCGGCCACUUCGUCCCCAUGGACCGUCCGGCUUUUGCUCUCCAAAUGAUCACCAACUACCUGGCCGGUCAGACCAAUUAUUCCACGCCAUUGGCUGUUGACAUUACACCGGCUCCAUUACUUCCCGCCUAUGCAUACACCGAUACCCCGGUGACGAAUUGCUCCAGAAAGGAUCAAGACCGCUUCUAUAGUCUCCCUGGUGGCAACUUUGACAGCAACUUCAACCAGUACAGCGGGUACCUCGAUGCCACGGCUACGCAUAAGUUGCAUUACAUCCUUCUGGAAGCGGAAUGGGACCCGAGUACCGCUCCUCUCCUACUAUGGCUAAAUGGUGGACCCGGCUCGAGCUCCCUAGUCGGACUGUUCCAAGAAAAUGGGCCCUACCGAGUCGGAAGGGAUGGAAAAUCGCUGUUCCAAAAUCACAAUGCUUGGAAUAAAUUCGCUAACGUGCUCUACCUCGAAUCACCUGUCGGCGUCGGCUACUCCUACUCCAUCGAUCCGAAUGAGACAAUCAGUUACAAUGAUAAUAAUACGGCCACCGUGAACUACGCGGCACUCCGCGACUUCUUUAUGAACGCGUACCCGGAAUACCAGACUCGCGACUUUUACAUAACUGGAGAAAGCUACGCUGGCGUCUAUCUACCUACACUAGCUGUGAAGUUGAUCAACGGCAUCAAGGCGGCCGAUAUCAAGGCCAAUUUUAAGGGAAUGGUGGUCGGAAAUGGGGUGCUGGACAAAAAUACCGAUCUCAACUCGAUCAUCCAUCUACAGUACUACUCUGGGUUGUACAGUUACAACGACUACACCGACUUGGUGAACACCUGCUGCCCCGGAAAUUCCAACGAAUUCGCCUGCCAAUUUUCGGAUCACGUUGUUUGGGGAGAUUCUGUAAUUCCGGAUGGAAACUCGAGUGAUCCUUGCUUUAAUAAGCUUUCUGACUUUAUCCUCUCGGGCUACACAUCGCCGUAUGACCGCUAUAACAUGUAUCAGGAUUGUUAUAACACGCCCAGCAAUGGAAUCAGGGCUGUUUCAAACUACAACUCUUCCGAUCCAUAUGACGGCUACUAUUGUUAUAUGGACACGGCACUGGAAAAAUAUCUAAACCUGCCGGAAGUGAUGACAGCCCUGAAUAUUCCGUCAGCUGUAAAGGGGUGGAAUGACAACGACGACAUUUUCGACGUGUACAUUCAGCAAAACAUCGAUCAAUACGACAAUUUUGCUAAAGUCUUUGAUUAUGGUGCAAAGGUCCUCAUCUACAACGGCGACGUCGACAUGGCCUGUAAUUUCUUGGGAGCGCAAUGGUUCGCCGCUAAGCUUCAGGACAAGCUUAAGCUUCACGUAGAUAAAGCCCGCGAAAAUUGGUACUAUCGGCAGGAUCCAAACUACGAGAAGACUGUCGCCGGGUCAUGGAUUCGGUACACCAGCUACUUUGACGUUAUUACUGUUAAGGGUUCCGGCCACUACGUCCCGCUUGAUCGCCCGAUGCACGCGCUGCAGAUGAUUUACAACUUUGUCUACUACAACGACUACAGCACCCCAUUCCCCGCGGGACCCACCACGACUCCGGGGCCAACAACACCGGUACCAACUACUGUAACUGGUGCUACGGUCACCGGCUCGGUUGGAACGACCAUUCCGACUACCGCAACUGGGGCUACGGUUACCGGCUCGGUUGGAACUACGGUGGCCCAGCCAACGACGACGAGGACUUCGUCACAAUUGGGAUUCCAUGGAUUCCUGAUUAUGUCUACGAUAAUCUAUUCGAUUCUCCGAUUU